GGUCAAUGUCACUCUUCCUGGGCUUUCAGUGCAACUGGUGCCAUAGAAGGACAGUGGGCAAAAAGGCAUGGAAACCUGGUUUCUCUCAGUGAACAGAAUCUGAUUGAUUGUAAGAAAUCACGUAAUGGAUGCUCUACUGGAACGGCAUUUCGCGGCUUUCAUCACGUGAUUGAAUUUCAAGGCAUCAACUCUGAGGAAACUUACCCUUACACAGGAAAGGUAAAUCCCCAAGACUUCUAUUUAAGAUUGUGGUGGAGUCGGGGUUCAUUCUCAUUUCGUUUUAUUUCAUUUCUUCUGUCCUGUCUGCGUUCACUUGCAAGUUUUCUUGGAGUUUAUUUUAAUUACCUCUUGCAAACAUGUCAAUGUUCAUUAAUCAAAGCUAAAUUAACACGAAUUAAAUAUUUCACAGAUAAACCAUUUAAUAUGUGUCUCCUUACAGGAGUUUACUAUGAUGAAAAUUGCAAUGGAUAUGUAACCGAUGACGUGCUGGUGGUUGGUUUUGGAACUGAAGAUGGAAUGAACUAUUGGCUGGUUAAAAACAGCUGGGGAACAGACUGGGGUGAAGACGGGUACAUCAAAAUUGCUAAGGAUAGAGGGAAUCACUGUGAAAUUGCCAGUUCUGUGCGGUACCCUGUCGUGUAACGAGCCAACUGAUAAGACAGAGCUUCAUCAAUCCCAGCUGAAUGAAAAACCGGACCAUUUCUGUUAAUGCUGACUCAUUCAAAGACAUUGCUUUAAUUGUCUGCUGCAAAUUUAAAAAGUGAAAUAAUAACGAUUUUUACACAUUUCUAUCGCUUCAUAUAAAACCAAUGGCAUUGUCUGAUUGAUACAUAUCGCCUCUGUAAAUACAGAAUGAAUACAUUCUCCAGUUUGUAGAAGACAAUAAUCUGCAUGUACUGCUGAUGUCCAACAAUAUAAUAAAGGCUGCCAGCAAUCA